AUGCAACGGUUUGAUUGGCUGGGUGGGGGGGUUUGCGGAGUGUUGAUAGUAAGAUUAAAUCUCAACCUUGACUAGAGAUAUGUCCAAUAUGUUACAUAUUAGCACUUUAAGAAUAAGUUUUUUUUUCAAUAAAAAUGUCACCAUACUAUAUUCAACACGAAUAAUUAACACAAACAUAUCCUCAGGGGCAGUCCGAAAUGAUUACAAUUUCAUGAACUCAUGGUCUGGGCGGACAAAUGGUUAGGCGCGUACACGUUGCCUUUACGCCCCCAUGUGAGUGCAUUUAUAAAUCAACGCGUCUUCCUGAACCCGGUUAAUUGUUUCAUUGGCUCACAGCGUAGCCUAGCCCUACUCAUCCACUGGGAUCCGCAGUGGAAUUGUUUAAUGUGAAUCUGGAAAAUAAUGGCUUUAAGAUUACCAAGACCGUCCAAGGUAAGUACAGACAAGCGUUCGAUUGUAUAACCUGUUAGCGAAGUCUACAAAGAUUGGCGUGUAGCAUGUUCAUUUUGAUUUGAAAACUGUGGCUCUGCACUAUAAGGAGAUGGAUAAAAUGCUUAUUUUAGGAGAAUGACAACGUUCUCUAUAUCAUUUCAAAUCAGGUCUAUUUCUUGAAUAAUUCCUAUCCCAUCUCCCACUUUAAGGUUAAAACAAAAAUAAAGGUGUCAAAAAGUGACCAAUCAGCCUUUUUUUGCUCCUCUCCCAGCUGCCUUCUGUAAUAACUCAACGCACAUGAUGCUGAAGAAGUCAAGCAUCCACAUGCUGCUUGGAUUUGCGCUUUAAAAAAACAUCCAGAGCUGCUGUCUUCAUCGGGGGCCCGUGGAAGCAUGGCCCCGGAUGACCCCCUCUCCUCCAAGCCACCGCUUGGAACACCAACCGCUCCCGCUCAAACCAGGCUCCCCAAGAAGCGCGCCACGCGGCCGCCGCAUAACCUGCCAUCUCCGGCGCUGUGCUGCGCUUGCGGGCUGUGCGUCACGCUAGCCGGCGUCAACAUUACCCUAGUGGGCGCCUUUGCGUUCGGCACCCUCCUGCCCAGCAACAACCCGCCCAUCAUCAUCGGACCCCUCCUCCUACUCGUGGCUUUGGCCUUUUUCACGACGUGCUGUGUGUUCAGCAGGAGGUCCGCGCGCCCCGCUACGUCUGUGGGCGCGGCGGGGUGCGACUCGAGCUCGGGGCUGAUGAUGAUGAAGAUGGGAGGCGCCGUGGCGUUUGAGAUGGAGACCAGUGAGCACACGCUACCGGACACCAUCGCCGUUCAGCUCAGCCCCACCGACUCCCUGACAUCGUCAUCGCCCAUCCAGGAGGAGCACCCUGCUCUAGGCGCAACCACGGGGACAGCGCAUGGGUUGGGUGAAGGAGAGGCGGGCCCUGCUGAUGGGACCCCAACCCUUCCUUGAUCAGCGUGCAGGUGCAAUGGCUACGUUCGGAUCCAGCAAUCUGUGGAUCUCUGUUGGUCAAUUGAGAUGUUCAAUAUACAUGAUAACAUCACAAUUUGAUUACAUUGAUAAAUUAUAACAUUACAACUUAUCAAUGAGAUUAUUAAAGAGAAGAACUGCCUAUUGACGUGAUUUUAGUCAGGACUUGCCAAACCAAACUGUAAUUCCAGUGGUAAAUAUGCACUACUUAUGCAAACGUAUAGGUUCUGUUAAUGCUGAGAAAAAAAAGAAUAUAAAAAUCCGACAAAACUGGCUUACGUUUCAGCUUGCAGACGUUAAAAGUAAAAUGUAAAACGUUGAAUGUAAUAAAUAUCACCAAAUAAUACUUAACAAUAGAAACUAAUGCUUAUACAAUCCUAUUUUUUAUAAUACUAGACCUAUUCCUCCCCCUCAUCACUCACAUUUAUAAUCGAUGCUUUUUGCCCGUGCGCAUCAGAACCAGCAUUUGCUGGUCACGGCUGGAUUACUGCUGUUUAUCUAUUAAUACACUACCAUAUAUUUAAUAACAUAAAAAUAUAUGUUAUUAUACAUAUUAUCCAAUAAUAAAAUGAAUUAAGUUGAUUCAA